GCUCCCACCUUGGAAAGGAUGGAGGUGACUGAGGGCUUCGGGGCUCUGGAACCCGGUGAGAUCCGGAAUCUAAAGCCGUGUCUGCUGCGCAGCAACCACAGCUGCGAACAGCGUGGUGUGGCCGCCUCCUGUCUGGAGGAGCUGAGGAGCAAGGCCUGUGACAUUCUGGCUAUUGAUAUGUCUCUGACACCAGUUACCCUGGUCCUGGCAGAGGAUGGCACCAUAGUGGAUGAUGAUGAUUACUUCCUGUGUCUACCUUCUAAUACUAAAUUUGUGGCAUUGGCCAAUAAUGAGAAGUGGGUAUACAACAAUUCAGAUGGAGGUACAGCUUGGAUUUCCCAUGAAUCCUUUGAUGUAGAUGAAACAGACAGCAGGGCAGGGUUGAAGUGGAAGAAUGUGGCCAGGCAGCUGAAAGAAGAUCUAUCCAACAUCAUCCUCCUGUCGGAGGAGGACCUCCAAGCGCUCGUCGAUGUUCCAUGUUCAGACCUGGCUCAGGAACUAUGCCAAAGUUGUGCUACCAUCCAGGGGCUCCAGAACACACUCCAGCAGGUGCUUGACCAGAGAGAGGAGGCCUGCCAGUCCAAGCAACUCCUGGAGCUUUAUCUACAGGCUUUGGAGAAGGAGGGCAGCACCUUGUCAAAGCAGGAAGAGUCCAGAGCUGGUUUCAGGGAAGAGGUAGAUGCAGUUGACAUGAGGGUCAGCAGAGAGCUCUCCUCUGAAAUUGCACUGCCGGGCCAGAUCCUCACUGCACUGAAGGAGAAGCCUGCUCCAGAGCUCAGUUUAUCUAGUCACCAUUUGGAGUUGGUUACCAAAGAAGACCUCAGAGCACUGUCUCUUGCUUUGAACUGGGACAUGAAGAAGAUGGAAAAUGUCCAGCAGGCCUGUAAGCAGGAGCUCGCCCUGUGCCUGCAGCAGAUCCAGAGCCUGCAUUCUCUCCGGAACAUCUCGGCAAGGAAGAAUUCACUAUCUGAAGAACUGCAGAAUCUUAAACGAGCCAGACAAGAUCCCACAUAGUUAAAGCUGGAAAUAUGCCAGAGAAAAACCUGUGGCCUUGUUUUUGUUAUCCGUGAUACCUUUAACCUACACACUACUGUACCCCCUGCCUUUGGGUAUGUUCUGGAUCACAUUGGAAGGCUAGCUUUAUGCUCCCUCCAGAAAAGCUAUUCCAGGUCUCAACAUG